UGAUUGGUGGUUCCGGACCGGGAGGUCUGCUUCUACCCAGUCCUCCAAGCUUCGCGGCCAGCCGGCAGUUCCGGGGAGUUACGCGGGCAGGGUGGCUUUGAUUGCAGCCUGGCACUCCAACUACGCUCGCGUCCGCUGUACAUGUCUUCACCUCAGUCGAACAUGUUCUCCAGGGACCAAGUGAGGCGAGUUCUGCAGAGGGUGCCCGGGAAGCAGCGACUUGGCGUCUACAGGUUCCUGCCCUUCUUUUUUGUCCUGGGAGGAACGAUGGAGUGGAUCAUGAUUAAAGUGCGCGUGGGCCAGGAGACAUUCUAUGAUGUCUACCGUAGAAAAGCCUCAGAAAGGCAGUAUCAGAGAAGGCUGGAAGAUGCAUCAGAAGCUGAACUUCAGCAGUCAAUAAAGUGAACAUGAAUUGUA